GUGUGUGGCGGAGAAGGAUGAAUCACGAGCUCACUGCACUUUACGGCGAACCCAGCAUCCAGAAGGUGGCCAACGCCGGAAGGAUACGGUGGACAGGGCAAGUUGCAAGAAUGCCGAACAACAACCCUGCAAAGCUUGUGUUUGCAACUGAUUUGGUUGGCACAAGAAGGCGUGAAGCGCAGAGAGCACGAUGGGUGGACUAAGUGGAGCGUGACCUGGCGAGCGUUGGGCGCGACCGAGGAUGGAGAGCGGCAGCCGCAAACCGAGUAUUGUGGCGUACGAUUGUUGAUUAUGUCUUGUCUUAAAUGUGAUGUUGAACAAAUAAAUGUAUGUAUGGAAGUGCUCUAAGAACACUAAGUUGAAGAGAGGCAGGCCAAGGGUCGAUGCGAGCGUCGAGUCAUAAAGAAGAAGAAGUUAUGGCAUAAGCCAGACGAACUCCAUCCACAUAGUGGAAUGACAAAACAAACGAUACCAACCAGUCUAACGAACACGUGCUCAUCGAUUGUACUGCGAGCGCAACGCAUGUAUACCCUGCUUCUAUCCACUACAACGACGACACGGUGGCGAUGCGAUAGAAGCAGUGAGUGUGGUGAAUUAGCUAGCUGGGUCUGGUUUGUUUUUCUCGAUUCUCAACCAGCCAGCAAAGUACGGUGGAAAAUGCGAACGGAAAAUCCAUCAUUUCCACUUGGAAGCUCAUGAAGUGCGGUCGUGUCAGAUUAGUAGUUCGCGAGUUUGCCCUCCAAUUCUAUUAGUCGAACGUGGAUGAUCCAAAACCUGGCGCGGGUGCCUCGGUAAUCAGUUGUUGGAAAACCGUUCCGGUGAUUGGACGUGAAAAUGAGUUUGACUACGUCGACGGUGAAAUCGAUCGCUUCGACUCCGUUUUCGAUCAACGACAUUUUGACACGGUCACGCGGCGGAGACAGUGAACGUCGCAGUUCGGUCGAAUCGUCCGGUAACGAAGAAGAACUUGGUGACUUAGCAAGGAUGAAGUACUAUAAAAGUGGAAGCACAAGUAGAACCAGUCCUCGGCAAAUUGACCACGCGGAGUUUUAUGGGAAACUUAACAUGGCUGCUUAUUACCAUAACAACAAUAACGGUGGUUUUAAUUUGGCAAGUUUACAUCCCUCGCUGAGGCGAGGUUCAUUGGAUUGCUACAUGGUUCCGGCGGAACGUAUCGAGCACAAUUUGGCGACACGGUGUCAAAUUGAUUCUGGUGACUGUGAAGGGGAACGGCUUGAGAAGAGACUUGUUGGUGCGGCAAGUGAACCUGAUUGUUACCGGAUAAAAGCUGGCAGGAACGAGAGCCCUUUGGAUAUGCGACGGUCGGCCGAAAAUGAUUCAGAUUGCGACACACCUUCCCCUUACGGCAACCUAUCGCUGCACAGCGGCUCCCUCCCCGGAGACGACACUCCCACGGCAGCACGGAAAAAGCGCUCGCGAGCGGCCUUCAGUCACUCACAGGUGUUCGAGUUGGAACGCCGCUUCGCACAACAACGCUACCUAUCCGGACCGGAACGAUCCGAGCUGGCAAAAAGCUUAAGACUCACCGAGACUCAGGUCAAAAUCUGGUUUCAAAAUCGUCGCUACAAAACCAAACGGAAACAAAUCCAACAGCACGAGGCAGCUAUAUUGAGUGCCACCAAACGGGUUCCGGUUCAGGUCCUUGUUCGCGAGGAUGGCUCAUACGGUCCGGCGGCUGUGCUAGCUGGCCAACCACACUACGCCUCCGGAUUGGAUCCAGCUCUUUUGAACGUGUAUCGACAUCAGAUACAAAUGGCCUACGGCAUGCCAGUACCCCCGAUGCCGUUCUCCUACUUCUAUCCGUCCAAGAUUCCAGGCACGAUCCCUGUGAUGGCAGCUGCGGCAGCCGUAGCCUCGAAACAGCCUCUUAAUUUUUCCACCCGUUCGCCUCCGUCUGAUGACCAGGACCGGCACUCUCCGUCGACGGCAUCUUCAAUGGCAGCAAGAGAUUCGGCGAAAAACGACGGCGACGAUCCAUGCUUCUUCGAUCGGGAACGGAAAUCCGAAGAUCACCAUAGGCGAGAAAGAUGCGCCAGCCGGGAUUGCGCAAUGCUCUCCGCUGAGGAGACUGACGAAAAUGAAAACGUUGAAAUUGAUUGAUUUGAAGCGGGAGCGGGUCAUCGUGAUUGGCCAUCACAGUGAACAGGAGUAGGAAUACAAUCAUUGAUGAUUUCCUAUUCUUCGCAUAUGUGUACUAUGUUAGAUCAAAUGUUGUAAAUACAUCGUGUUUUUAAAAUACCAAAGAAGAUAAGAUUCCUAGAUGUAUGAAUAUAAAAUGCAAUAAAUCACUUUUCAA